CAGAGUGUUAAAAUGGCGCACAGCUGUCGGUGGCGGUUCCCUGCUCGGCCCGGAGGGAGCAGCAACUCGGGCAGUGGGAGAAAAGCGGGCCGGAUCCGGGUCACGGCUUCCCUCCGAAAUGGCGCGGGAACUCAUUCGACCGCGAGCGGGCUCGGGCCCGGGUUCGACGCGGCGGUGCAAGUGUCCGCCGCGAUCGACAGCAACCUGCAGAAAUUUCGGGAUGUUUUGGGCGAGUCGAGCGGCUCAAGCAGCGGGGAGGAGGAAGAUGCAUUCGAAGGUUUUGAUACAGUCAUUGAAAAUGGAAGAGUACAUAGUCCUGAGGCAAUGUCAACAGUUAAAUUGCCACAUGAAAAGAAGCCAAGAGGCCGCCCCCCAAGAUGUUUAACUGUGCAGAAAUUGUCUACCCGUGUUGAAUCUCAUCCUCUGCCUGUCAUCACAACUCCACCCACAGAGAAGGUGAAGAGGCCACCAGGUAGACCUCCUGGUUCUGGGGAGAAAAGAAGAGGCCGACCUCCUGCAUCGGGUAACCAGAGAAGCUGGCCUCAAGGUGGCCAGACAUUAUCCAGUGACAGCAGGGAUGCUGGACUGGAGCAGAACUGUAUUCCAGCACUUCGCAAAGACAUUGUGGAAGAUGACAAGGAGAGAAAGACCGGAAAGAGAAAUUCUCUCGGAUCCGUGCCUCAACAGGAAUCUGAGAACAAGUUAGCAAAAGUGGGCCGUGAUUCAAAGGUGACCAAACUGAAGCGGAUGCGGGAUGUCAAAGUAAAGCCCCUUAAGCCUGGACUUUUAAAAGGUGUCCCAGUUCCCUUUGUGCCAAGACGGGGGCGUGGCAGACCUCCUUCUGCUGAGCGCCUCAAAGCUGAGAUUGCUGCUGCUUCAUUGGCUGUGGAGUUGUCCCCAUCUGAAUCUGGCACUGCCAAACAUAAGAGCUUUGGCGUUCGCCUAGAAGAGGAUAUGGAUCCCCGCUCUACACAGCAUCUCAAGCUCAGGGCCUCCCAUUCUGCAGAUGAAUGCACUAUCCCGGAUUCCCCAGGUUCCGAAUCACUCGUCAAUCCAACCACACCUCCAAAACCCGGAAGUCGUUUAGUUUUACGGCAAAGUCCCCGCCAUAUCAAGCCUGUGCGCACUGUCCCAUCAUCCAAACGCACUGAUGCCACUAUUGCGAAGCAGUUACUGCAGCGGGCUAAAAAAGGGGCUCGCAAAAAGAAACUGGAAGCAGUGGGUACUCAGGGAGCGGCAGCUAUUGAAUCUGGUAUUAGGAGAAGAACAAGAACACAGCUGAAAAACAUUCGGCAGUUCAUAAUGCCCGUGGUGAGUACAGUGUCCUUGCGGGUUAUUAAGACCCCCAAGCGAUUUAUUGAAGAUGAAUUUGGUGCCCCUCCCCCACACAUGAAAAUAGCACGUUUAGACUCCACUGUGCCAGCUCCGGUCACCCAUCCCUCAACAACAUCCUCCACUCUUGUUUCCACUGCUCCAAGUACAACCGGAACUGUGUCCAUCUCUGGGGCAGGCCCGCCUGUUGAUUCCUUCCCGCCCCCUCCACCCCCUGCCCCUCUUGCCAGUGCCACUGUUGCAACAGGAAGUCACCUCAGUAACAACAGCUGCAACAGUAAUGGGCGAUUCAGUAGCAGUGCAGCAUCUGGCUCCAGUGCAGUGUCACAACAUUCCUUCCAGCUCUCCUCCGGAGAGUCUUCACGCUCCAGCAGCCCCAGUCUAGAUGACUCCUCUUGUGACUCGCAGAUUUCAGAUGGCACCCAGGUGCUCUCAGAGGAGCCUGACCAUUCCCCUUCCUCUCAGGGAGAGAGGGAGGCUAGUCUGCACCAUUCCCCACGUCCACUGUCCCCACCAUCUGAGCCUGAGACAGAGCACAUGGAGUUAAUGGAGCCAAACAGGCGAGGAUGCAGAGGUCAAGGCCUUAGAAGAGGCAACUUUUUGUCACGUGGUCGGAGCAAUCUGAUCAGCAAUAGGAAAAGAGCCAUCAUCAGCCCUGCCACAGGUGUAAUGAUGCCCUCUACUCAGGCAGGAUCCCAGCAGGCUUCUUCUACAGCUUCUUCAUCAUCUUCUCCUCCGCCACCUCCUCUUCUUACUCCACCUCAGCCCCCUCAGUCAGCCUCAUCCGGUGUAUCUGCCAUAAGUGAACAUCACCCCCACUCCCCAUGGAUUAUGCCUCAUACCAUUGCCCCUUUCCUGCCUACUCCUCCGAUAAUCUCUGGAUCUCAUGACAAACGCCGUGCCAUACUGCGAGAGCCCACAUUUCGCUGGACAUCACACAUAGAGCAGCAAUACUUCUCUUCUGCCAAAUAUGCAAAAGAGGGCCUUAUUCGAAAGCCUAUAUUUGAUAACUUCCGCCCUCCACCACUCACAGCUGAAGAUGUAGGACUGAUGCCUCCUGGACCUGGAGGAGGGGGAUUGGCACCAGGAGGGUUCCCUUCACCAGGUGGUACAGCUGGGGCAGGUUCUAGGCUGUUUUCUCCUCUACAUCAUCAUCACCAGCAUCCCUCAUCUCGUUUUGAGCCUCAGCUCCACAAACGAAGCCCACUACUUCGUGCUCCUCGCUUUACUCCCAGUGCUGCCCACUCUCGCAUUUUUGAGUCAGUCACUUUGCCAUCUUCAUCGGGUAGCAGCCCUAGUUCUCAAUCCCCUCUCCAGACGACACCACCUUCAAACAGGCUACCACGACGCAGGAAGAGGAGAACAUUUGGGCAUUCCCGCAUACAAUCCAGAUCACCCUCACACUCCAUGACCACCAGGAGCAGUCAGUCAGGCGUCCAAGUUGGAAAGAGCUCUGCUGAACACUCUGCACUAACUAGCUCUGUUCCUACAAGUGUGACUGGCAAUUCCAGCCCUUUACCUGGGAUUGCAGUGAGCCCAGUUGCUCCAAGUGCCUUACCUCAAGCCCCUUUCAAUUCAUUCUCGUCAAGUUCUCUUGGUCCCAUUAGUCAUAGAGCCUCUGAUGUUCGAAGAGUGGAUGUGGGCCUUGGUGGUGGUGGGAGUUCUGCCUCUUCCUCAUCACAGCUCUUCCCUCGUUUUGCUUCCAGUCCCCAAGGUUCAAGCGGAGGCACUGGAAAAAUUGGGAGAGAGAGAAGCAUCUCGACUUCACGAGACACCCAUCCCAAGGAGAAAGACAGAGAUACGGAGAGAAACAGAGACCGUGGAAAGGAAAAUAAAAAAGAAGCAAAAAAAGACUGGGAAAGAAGAGGGAAGAGUCUUGCUUCGGAGGUCCCUACUAAUUCCACUCCAAGCUUUUUUGCUGGGGAUGACAAGGAUGUUGAGGAUUCUUUCAGUCACAAAAAGACUCCUGGACAAAAGAAAUCUGUUUCUAUUGACUCUGAUGCAGAGACCCUUUCAGUUGACACAAAUGUAAUUCCACCAGCAAGGGCAUUCUUAUCUAAAGGACGCAUGUCCAAAAAAGGCAGAUUGCCAGAAAAAGGUAUGGAAGCUGAUGAAAUUGAGAAGAGCAAAGAGAGAUCUAGCACACCCAUCCCACCCAUUCAUUCCAGAAAACUCUCUACACCAUCCCUAGGUUCCGUGCUCGACCAUGCUGAAAAACAGCCAGCCACAGACAGGCGUGUGGCAGGCCUCCUGAAAAAGGCUAAAGCCCAGCUCAUUAAUAUAGAAAAGAGCAAGUGCUUGAAACCAGCCGAUCAGCCUAAAGUGCAGGGUCAAGAAAGUGAUUCUUCUGAAGCAUCAGUUCGUGGUCCACGGAUCAAGCAUGUGUGCCGUCGUGCCGCAGUAGCAUUGGGUCGCAAUCGUGCUGUGUUCCCAGAUGAUAUGCCCACCCUUAGUGCCUUGCCAUGGGAGGAGAGAGAAAAGAUCCUGUCUUCCAUGGGGAAUGAUGAUAAAUCUUCAGUGGCAGGUUCGGAAGAGGCAGAGCCUUCUUCUCCUCCCCUCAAACCAGUAACAAGACACAAAACCGUCCAGGAAGCGACACCCAGAAAGGGUCGGCGUUCCCGGCGUUGUGGCCAGUGUCCUGGUUGUCAAGUCCCAGAGGACUGCGGGCAUUGCGCCAACUGUCUGGAUAAGCCUAAGUUUGGGGGACGCAACAUUAAAAAACAAUGUUGCAAGGAAAGGAAAUGCCAGAACUUGCAGUGGAUGCCAUCAAAAAUGUUUCUUCAGAAGCAAGCAAAAGGUAAAAAAGACAAGAAGAAAAAAGUGCCCGAAAAAAAGGAAGCCCAUCACUCUUUCAAAGCUCAGUGCCCUGAGGUAAGCCUCAAAUCAACCCCAGCUCCCUCAAAGGAUGACCCUUCAGUGAAGAAAAGUGACACUCCACCACCAGUACAGGACGAGGACAAACAAAAACAGCUGUCACCAUCGCCAGCAUCACGCAACUCUUCCCCAGACAACGAUCCCCCUUUACUUCCCAGCCCGGAGGACCCAAGACCACCCUUAGCUUUUCCAAGUUCUGCCUAUAAGAAGGACCGGAAGCUGUCCAGCCCUUUAUCCAGGUCCCCACACACCACUGCGUCUAACCAACCACCAGAACCAUCUCAAGAGAUCAUGCAGCAGCAAACCCAGACUCCAGCAAAAAAGGAAGGACCGACAAAGUCAUCAUCGAAUGAACCCAGAAAGAAGCCCUCGCAGCAUUCUCAGCCUUCAUCUGCUGCAUCCUCUGCUGUAGAAGCAAAGCAAAUAAAAAAGCAUCCUGUUCAGUGUAGUACUCCACCAAGGCCAAAACCCAAGGAGAAGGAGAAACAGAUGGUCACCAAACCUGACCGCAGUACUUUAAACUUCCUGAGCACUCCCUCGACUGGGGGCACUGCCAAGCAGAAAGCACCCUCCGACGGAGUGCAUCGAAUUAGAGUGGAUUUUAAAGAGGACUUUGACAUUGAGAAGGUGUGGGAAAUGGGUGGGCUCAGCAUCCUCACCUCUGUGCCAAUCACCCCACAAGUAGUCUGCUUUCUCUGUGCUAGCAGUGGCAACGUGGAGUUUGUGUUCUGCCAGGUGUGCUGUGAGCCUUUCCAUAUCUUUUGCUUGGGAGAGACCGAACGUCCUCUGAACGAGGAAUGGGAAAACUGGUGCUGCCGCCGCUGCCGCUUCUGUCAAGUCUGUGGCCGUCGGCACCAGAAGACAAAAGAGCUGCUGGAGUGCGAUAAGUGCCGAAAUAGCUUUCACCCUGAGUGCCUGGGACCCAAUCAUCCUACAAGACCCACCAAGAAAAGAAUCUGGAUUUGUUUCAAGUGUGUCUGCUGUAAAAGUUGUGGCGCCACCAAACCGGGAAAGACUUGGGACGCGCAGUGGUCACAUGACUUCUCCUUGUGUCACGACUGCGGCAAACGUUUCGCUAAAGGAAACUUCUGCCCUCUCUGUAAUAAGUGCUAUGAUGAUGAUCAUGAAACUAAGAUGAUGCAGUGUGGAAAGUGUGAUCACUGGGUUCAUGCCAAAUGUGAGAAUCUUACUGAUGAGAUGUACGAGUUAUUGUCCAGACUGCCUAAAAACGUGGCCUACACCUGUGUUAACUGUACCGAGCACCACCCACCUAAGUGGCGCACUGCCUUGGAGAAGGACAUCCAGAGCAGCAUGCGCCAAGUCCUCGCUGCACUCCUCAACUCCCGCACUUCCACUCACCUACUCCAUUACAGACAAGCAGUGAUGAAGCCACCCGAGCUGAACCCAGAAACCGAAGAGAGCCUUCCCUCACGGCGUUCCCCCGAAGGGCCUGACCCUCCUCUUCUUACAGAGGUUUCCCUGCCCAGCGAUUCACCCCUUGACUUGGAGUCUGUGGAAAAGAAAAUGAAUUCCGGGCACUACAGUUCUGUGCUGGACUUCAGUGACGACAUUGUGAGAAUCGUCCAGACGGCUAUUAAUUUGGAGGGAGGUCAAGCAGAAAGCAGGAAGGCCAACAGCAUGGUCAAGUCCUUCUUUAUACGGCAAAUGGAACGGGUUUUUCCGUGGUUAAAGGUGAAGGAGUCGAAAUUCUGGGAGGCACACAAAGUCUCUCACAAUAGUGGUUUACUUCCCAAUGCCGUACUGCCUCCUUCUCUGGAUCACAACUAUGCCCAGUGGCAAGAGAGGGAAGAAAUGGCAUGUGAUGAGCACCAUCUCUCUAUGAAGAUUAUUCCUGCCCCUUGUUCUAAAGCUCCUGGAGAACCUGACUUUCCAAUUGUACCUCCACCCCCACCACCACAGCUUUCACCUGACUUCAGUCAGGAGGACGGCUCUGAACUUCCCCCUCCCUCCGGUAUUGGUGACAACAGACAAUGUGCACUUUGUCUGAACUACGGUGACGAGAAGACAAAUGAAUGUGGAAGGCUGCUUUAUGUUGGACAAAAUGAGUGGGCUCAUGUGAACUGCGCAUUGUGGUCAGCAGAGGUAUUUGAGGAUGAUGAUGGCUCCCUUAAAAAUGUCCAUACGGCCGUAACCCGUGGCAGACAGCUGCACUGUGAGAAUUGUCAAAAGCCAGGAGCCACUGUAAGUUGCUGUCUUACGUCCUGCUCGAGUAACUACCACUUCAUGUGUGCUCGUCAGUGCCACUGUGUCUUUCUGGAAGACAAAAAAAUGUAUUGUCAGCAACAUAGAGACGUAAUCAAAGGCGAGGUACUUUCAGACACAGGAUUUGAAGUGACCCGGAGGAUUCUAGUGGACUUUGAGGCGAUGAGUUUAAAAAGAAAGUUUCUCCAUGGCCUUGAACCAAAUAAUGUCCACAUGAUGAUAGGUUCUAUGACUAUUGACUGCCUUGGUAUGUUAACGGAACUCUCAGACUGUGAAAGAAAACUCUUUCCCAUUGGAUAUCAAUGCUCAAGGGUCUACUGGAGUACACUGGAUGCUCGCAAACGAUGCGUCUACACCUGUAGAAUUCUGGCAUGCCGCCCUCUAGUGGCAGACAGUGUCAGUAACAGCACAGUCGCACAAGAGAACAAUUAUACUAUCGCCCACAGCCCACCUCCAGUCUCAGUAGAGGUGGACCCUUCAUUGAUGCCUGGUUCAGUUUCUGUUGACCGUAACAUCUCGCCCAUGAUGCCAAAACCAAGGGCUUACUUUAGAAACAGACACCCCAGUUACCCACCCUGUCAUCGCUCUCCUUCCUCUAGUCAUCUGUCCACUCCAGGGGCUGUCAGUUCAGCUCAUAAAAUUGUAACAGUUGGCGACCCCCUGCUGAGCUCCAGUCUACUUAGUAUUGGGUCUCGUCGCCACAGCACUUCCUCACUCUCACAUCAGCAGCCGAGACAGAAAAUUUCCUCCGUUUCACAAGGAAGUAGCUUAUCCAGUCAGAUCAAAACAGUUUCUCCGUCAACGGCUUUGACUUCCCAGGACCAUACAUGUGGAGAUUCUGUAAAAGGGAACAUUUUUAGUGUUGAGAAACCUCUGUGCCGAGAGAUAGCCACUGUAAAGACCAUAGCUCAGUACAGGCCCGUCUAUGGCGUUACAGAGAGAUCGGGUAGUGGUAGAGAUUCUGGCAAAAAGCCACAUGAAGGAGAUCGUUUUAAAUCUGCUCCAUCAGCAGUUCUGGCUUCGCCUCCACUUGGAACAGCAGUUUUGACUGGGCAUCAAAGGGGCAGCGACAGCAUGAGGGUAGAAAAGGGGAAACCUGUGACAAAAGACACUGAUCUACCAGCAGGAGCUGCUCUUUUGACCAGUAAUCCACUUAAUACUGAUUCUAAAGAUAAUGGUGUUCCAGGGAAAGAAGCAGUCAUUACAUCAGUGCCAGAAUCUAAAGAUCUUCGAAAGACUGGUUCUCCCCAGGCACUGUACCAUAAAACGGGUAGGAAAUCCCAUGACUGUGUCUCAGGACCAUCUCCAGCUGCAGCUCUUAAGCCUAUCUGGUCACAUGGAGUGAUUACGGGAGAGGAGGACAUAAAACGAGGAACUCAGGCAAUUCCCAGUGUGGUAGCUAGUCAUGUGACCCCUAGCACCAAAGAGAAGCCCUCCAAAGUGAAAUUAGCAGAGGGCAAGGAUGUUUCAAAAGAAAGGAAAGACGUGGCUCAAAACAGUAAGGCACAAAUUGUCAAUAGUAACUCUAGCGGCUCUAAAGGCAGUAAUAUCAAAACCCAGGCCCAAGUGUCAUCCUCACGAAAUAAUACAAAUAAAGGCACAACAGUCAUCAGUAACAAAACGACAGGCUCUGUGGAAAUCACUAAAUCACAGAAUCAGAGAAGUGAAAAACACGUCAAGUCUAGAGAGAGAUUUAGUGCAGAAAAAAAACACGGUUCUGAUGUGGAAGCAAUUCAGUCGAUGCCAAGUUCACAACGCAGUUCAGGCCCCCCACAUGUUCUCCCAAAAUCAAUAGAAGAAUCUGUAUCAGUUGAGAAGCACUGCACAGAGAGAAUGUCUCUAGUAUCUCAAAAAAUGGAUCCUAAUGGGACCAAAGCUGUCAGCACAUGCUCUAAUACAAACACAUCCACUUCCAGAUCCCCUGGCAGCCAUUCUUCACAGAGAAAGUCUUCCCAUGCAAUGCUCUUUUCUCCAUUUGCAAGCUCUGAAAGCUCAGAGUCUGAUAGCCACACACAUCUAGAAGAGCAGAGCGUGGACCACCACUGUGCAGAGGAGGAUGGUGAUGGGGCCGAUCAUCAUUUAGAAGAUGAAAGCUCUCCAGAGAAGCACCACGAGGAGGACAGUGAUGGUUCCACAAAGAGGCGAUAUCCUAGGCGGAGUGCCAGGGCUCGUUCCAACAUGUUCUUUGGGCUUACUCCCUUCUACGGUGUCCGCUCCUAUGGUGAAGAAGAUAUUCCUUUCUACACCACUGGUGACAUCCCUAUAAGAAAGCGCUCGGGUGGCAGCAAGCGGUCAGCUGAAGGACAAGUAGAUGGUGCCGAUGACAUGAGCACAUCAUCAUCCGCAGACAGUGGAGAGGAUGAGGAAGGCUUUCGCCCAAAUAAGGAUUCAUAUUAUUAUAAUUUCACACGAACCAUCAUAAACCCCAGCUCAAGUUUUCCUUCUAUUGAGGGUAUAGAUCAGUGUUUGGGAAGAAGAUCACAGAUUCACAGGUUCAUGAUAGAUGGAGCAAAGGAAACUGAUGAUGAAAGCGAUGAAAUAACAGCAGCGACCAAAAGUUUAGAAUGCCAACAGAUUGGUCAGCUGGAUGGAGUUGAUGAUGAUUCUGAAAGUGAUGCCAGUGUAAACACCAGCAGCACAACCACAGCUACAACAUCCUCUACACAUAAAACCUCAACUAAAAAGAGGGGUCGAGAGAGCCGAGCUGAGAAACUAAAUGCUGACUCCGGGAAAGAGGCUGAAAACACUGCUAGUGAUGGAAGCGGCCAUGGCCGUGAUGCUCGUAAAAAUACGAAGGAUACAUGUCUGCAGUUAGGAAGCGUAAAAUCACAGGGACAGGAUCCUCUUGAAAACCAGCUGUCUGAUCUUCUUAAGUCUGAUUCAGACAUUAACAACAGCGAUGACUGUAACAUUUUACCUUCUGACAUUAUGGAGUUUGUGCUAAACACGCCAUCAAUGCAAAGUUUGGGACAACAGCCAGAGGCUACCUCCACUGAACCAUUUUCUUUGGACGAGGGCUACGGUGUUGAUGUAAAUCGAAGAAAGACUAUCCUCUUCGAAGAUUUUACCCAGCGACUCGCCAGUACAGAACCUGUAGAGAGUGGGGUGAGCACCUCAAUUCCAGUCGAAGAAUCUUUUGGCCUCCCCUUGGAGCUGCCGUCUGAUCUCUCUGUGCUCACAACUCGUAGUCCAUCUGUAAAUAACCAAAAUCAUGGUUCACUUAUCUCGGAGAGCUCUGAGCGCAAUAUGCUGGCCCUGGCUGCAGAGGAAGCAGGAGUUGAUAAGGUCGGGGACAAGCAGAGAGCAGGAAGUGCUGUAUCUAAUGAGAGUCCUCAAGAUGAUGGUGGAGAUUCACAGGCGACCGAAGAUAACAUGACAGCUGAUCAUUUCAUUUCUGCCCGCAUUGAUGGAGAUCACAUUUCAAGUCAUGGAAUGAACCAAGUAACAGAAUCAGGGAAUCCAGAUCUAACCAGAACAUCUGGUACACCAGGCCUGCCAAGUUCCCCUACAGUGGUUUCGCAGGGUCAGAAGUUUAUUCCUUCUGCCACAGUCAGUUCAGGUCACUCUCAGAUCGUCAGUCCAGCUGUUCAGUCUGCUCCUUCUCCUUUAAAAGCUGGUCCAGAGAAAUUAAUAGUGCUCAAUCAACAUUUACGGCCUCUCUACGUACUGCAGACUCUUCCCAAUGGCGUAACUCAAAAGUUACAGAUUGCACCUUCUGGCAGUGCACCUGUAUUAACUGGCCUCAGUGCUGGAAUUUCCCCCUCUCCUUCUAUUUUUCCUGCUGUUACCAAAGGUUUAGUUCCUGUGCCUCAUCAUCCUCAGCUUCACACCUUCACUAACACCACUCAGACAGGUUUCCAGUCAAUUAUUCCUAGUACUACAUCUGGCCUUUUUAUUGGUGUUCCUUCUCAUGAUCCACAAAUUAUUGCAUCAGAAGCUGGACAUAGACAUGAUCUGGCUCCGAGUGUUGCAAUGGUAUCCAGUGCAUCAUCCAUUUCCCCAACCCCUACUGUUCUUACCACUGGACAUGGCAAAAAGCGUCCGAUUUCGCGUCUACAGCCUCGUAAAAACAAGAAGCUAGCCAGAUCCAGGAGCCAGCCCACACUAGCACCAUCAGAGGUUGGGCCUAACAUGACUUUUAUCAAUCUGUCUUCUCCACAAAUUGCUACUGGAAUCCCUGCUCAACCAGGAAUAGUUGAACUUGGCACAAUAACAGCUGCAGCUGCCACGUCUCACCGCAAAAUGCCCAACAUCAUAAAACGCUCAAAGUCUGGCGUAGUAUACUUUGAGCCUGCUUUCCUUCCGCAACCAAUGCCAAUCACAGCACCUGCUCAGGCUGGUAUCAUUGGACACGAUUCCUCAACCCACUUAUUGCCGUGCACUGUUUCAGGACUUACCUCCAGUCAGUCAUUGUUGAAUGUAGUAUCAAUGCCUCCUACAGCACCUGGGAAUCUAUUGGGAGCAAAUUCAGUGUCUUUAAGUACUCCAGGGCUUAUUAGCUCCGAGAUUACAGGUCCCAUAAGUAACCUUGUCUUUAAAGCUAGUCCACAUAACCUGGGCCUUCCAGAGCAGCAAAUGGUUCUCCAAUCUGGAGCCCCCAUGGUGUCACAAAUUGCCAAUCCUGGCCAGACUUCCAUUGCUAGUAGCAUCUGCGUUCUUCCACCAAAUCAAAUCAACAUGUCACCCAGCCAGCACCAAGACAAAGAAGGUAAUGUUGGAAAAGAAAGCAGUCUUCAGAAUCCUGUCACCAAACUUCUAGCAGAUACGACCAUUGAUCCCAGUACAAACACGUCUGGCCAAGUGGCUUUUGUGCCCAGUCACAUCACCCAAGACUUGGAUAAGGGUCAUACAGUUGGAGUGCUUACCCAGAGCCCACAAACCUCACCGAUUUCACAAGUCCCAAGCCGACAGCAAAUACUGAAGUCAUCCACUGCCAAAUCUUGUACAGGCAUUGGGAAGGUAAAGCAAAAGGCAAAAAGGACUCUACCAAGUGUAGCCAAUACUGGUGGAAAGAAGCACAAAGGUGGGCCAUCAGACACCUUGGCAGAAUCACAGGGCUUUCCUGAGUCUGCAAAUCAGACAUCUUUACAAAGGGGUAAAGAGCAUAUGGCCCUCGAGCUGACGAAUAUGGCAAAGCCUAAUGAAAAGAGUUCAAGAAAGAGUAAUUCUAGAAAGUGUGAACCUUCUUCUCUUAAUCAGAAGGCUGUAGAAUCCCAUGAUGAAAAACUCAGGACUGCUAGUCUUUCUGGUCAGAAUGCUGACCAAACACCUGCUUCUUUGCUAGUAGCCACUCCUGAUCAGAAGGACAGUGGACAAAAUUCUCCCUCAGACUACAAGCCCAAAAAAGGCCUUCUGUUUGAAAUCUGCAGUGAUGAUGGCUUUAAGGUCUGCUGUGAGAGUAUUGAAGAGGCUUGGAAAUCUUUGACGGAUAAGGUGCAGGAGGCACGCUCUAACGCCAAACUUAAAGAGCUGUCUUUUGAUGGUGUGAAUGGGCUGCGGAUGCUGGGUGUUGUCCAUGAUGCUGUAGUUUUUCUUUUGGAGCAGCUAUACGGUGCCAGGUACUGCCGAAACUACAGGUUCCGCUUCCACAAACCGGAGGACGUGGAUGAACCUCCUCUUAACCCUCAUGGAUCUGCUCGUGCCGAGGUCCACCACAGGAGGUCGGUGUUGGACAUGUUUAACUUCCUGGCUUCCAAAUAUCGGCAACCACCUGAGUACAGCCCUCAAGAGGAGGAUGAAGAGGAACACUUCAGAUCUGCUCGACGGGGCAGCAUCACAGACGUGCCUCUGGCUGCGAGGUUCAGACACCUAAAGAAAACAUCCAAAGACUCUGUGGGCGUGUACAGGUCAGCCAUACAUGGCCGGGGUCUGUUCUGUAAGAGAAACAUAGAUGCUGGUGAGAUGGUGAUCGAGUAUUCAGGCAACGUCAUCCGAUCUGUUCUAACCGACAAACGAGAAAAAUACUACAAUGCCAAGGGAAUUGGCUGCUACAUGUUUCGCAUCGAUGACUAUGAGGUGGUAGACGCUACCAUGCACGGCAACUCGGCCCGUUUUAUCAACCACUCCUGUGAGCCCAACUGCUACUCGCGUGUGGUCAAUAUCGACGGGCAGAAGCACAUAGUCAUUUUUGCAAUGCGGAAAAUCUACAGGGGCGAAGAGCUCACAUACGACUACAAGUUCCCCAUCGAGGAACCAGGCAAUAAGCUGCCUUGCAACUGUGGGGCCAAAAAGUGUCGCAAGUUCCUUAAUUAAGACCUCCUCCUUUCUUACUUUAAACUGAACGCUGUCCUUCCAAACAAAACUGUGUUUUGUCGAUGUGUGUAUUUUGAAUAAUAUGGUUAUUUAUUGAAACAGGCUCAGGUUUUUAGAGGGAAUAUGGCACUGUGCCUCAUGUUGAUUCAGGAAAGGUUUUAAGAGCAAUGUCAUGAUGAAUACAAGGAGAAAAGGACUUCUUCAGUGGAGCUUUCCCACGCAUCCCGAAACAGGCCAGUCGAUGAUAAGCAGUCUGCUUCUUAGCAAAUUGUGUGACCUAUUUAGCCCAAAUCAUCUUUACAAAUUCCAAGUGUGUAAUAUUGAGUCUCAUUUGCCCAUGCCUAUGGAAUGUGGAGGGGUGUCUGGGGGGUGGGGGAGGGGUUAUCUAGUACAAUGGAAUUGCCACAUUGUUUUGACACCAAAGUGCAAUUUUUCUAAGGGAACGGUACACUGUCUUUUUAGGUAGACGAAUUGUGAAGGGUCCAUUGUUUUGUUUGUUUUGUGAUUGGUUAGAUUUUGUUUGUUUGUUUGUUUGUUUGUUUGUACCCUUUCUGAAUGUACAUCAAGGCCUUCUCCUUCUGGUGACGCGGUCUAUUUGUAUAUAAGCCCUGAGAUGGCAGAUAGAGAACGCUAGAGGGAGCACUUUGUUCCCCGUGAUGGACAUUUGGACAUUUUUAUCAGAGCAGGGGUAGGGGGGAAAAAAACAUGAGUGUACCUGAACUGUUUAAGAAGUAAUAACCCCUGGGGGUAUAUCAUUGGAGGCUGGAUGUGCUGAGAUCCUGGUGGACUGACAGCCAAGGGACUAAAGAAAUUCAAUGGGUGGGUGGGAUUGCUUAAAUUUACUUAAAAUAAAUUUUUAUAGUAACUUGGACUGAUAAUAUUUAUAACGAGGAAAUUUAGUAUGUGCAUGUUUUAAGGCCUGUAGCUGGUAGUAUUUACGGAGGAAAUCAACGGCAUCCAAAUGUUUUCUCAAGACGGAUGAAAGUUAGCUUUUUCCUGUUUCUUUUGUCGUAGAUGAGUAAAUGUCAUUAUUUCCUUUCAUAUGUAAAUAAUAUGUAUAUUUUUCUAUAUAAAAAAAACUGAAAAGCACUCACUAGUGAAUAGCACUUAUUGAUAUUUAUAUUUUUAAUAAAAUAUUGUAUUUAUUUUACCAACAUUUUUGUAGUGGAUGGUGGUUUACAACACUAAUGCUUGUCAUUAUUUUUUUAAUAGUGUACUUUUUUUAAACAAGUUUGGCUUUUUUCUUCCUUAUCCUCUUUUUUCUAUUCCAAAGACUGAAAGCCGUAGUUGUUCCCAUAUUGCGCAGUCCACCAGUAACUCUCAUUGCCGAUCCAAGUUAGUCGCAACCAUUUCAGACAAUAGUAUAUAAAUAGCGUAGUUGGCUGUAAAGCAUUUAGUUCUAUGCGCUCAUCUGUUGAAACGGCAUGUCUCCUCCAAUGGCAGCCUUAAUAUCACACACAUGAAUACCAAGCUCCCCUUAAAGUCCCCGCUUUGCUGUUUUUCAAGCAAAGGACAACAGUUUUAUGGGGAGAAAUAAUGAAUAUAGUAAAAAAAAAAAAAAAAGCUUGAAAUCAUUUUACAUUUAAGCAACUGCAAAGUUUACUUCAUCUAUUUUAUUAUUGUAAAAAAAAUAUUUUCAUAGAUACGAGUAUACCUGAAGGAAUCUGCCACGGAGGCUAGCCCAUGAAAACUUUCUUCUAAAGCACUAUAUUUGGAAGAAUAGAGGAAAAACUCAUUCUCCCUGUUUUGUGCACUGAACAUCAGUCUUCUUCCCAGCUUGACACAUGUUGCCUUGGCACUGCAUGGACGCUCUAGCUAGCCAUUUAAAGCACACGGACGUGCUCCUUUUGUGUUUUUUUUCCUCAACGGUUUGUUUUAGCCCUUUGCGUCACUCCUUAGGGUAACAUCUUAUUUCCUACACAAUGAAGUGAUGUUGUGAUGGAAUUUCUAGACUUCCCAUGGAUGUCUGUCAUGUACAUUUUUUAAAUAAUCAACAGUGUGGUGCCUUCUUCAACAAUUUUUUUUUCCAUCUUUUAAUUCUUGAAAGAAUCCAAUCAUUUGUCAUGGCAGAUAAGAGAUAAUGACCUGACAAGAGACAGACAUAUUGAGGAGUGUUCUCUCUUUAGGGUGGAUACUCUCUUUUAUCUUGGGAGAAUACUGCAGGACUUGCAAAGCAUGCCCUUUUAAUGGUCUUAAUAAUUGUGAAAGUAUUUCACUUCUCGUGGAUGCAAACUGAUUUUAUGCUUACACUGUUGUCUUCUUGACAGUCAGAACUGAAUUGUAUAAAAGGGACAAGGUGAGAUGGAGCUAGUUGAUGUUGCAGAAAGACUAGGGGAUGUGUACAUACCUCCAGACAAAGCUCACUCUAUUGCUGUGGUGUGCACCUCUGGCUCUUGUUUUCUCAACGAGCCACUAAAAGGCCAGUUUCUGUGUAGCAUUGUCUUAUCGCCUCAUGUGAACUCUAAUAUCUUUUUUAAGGCAGUUGCAGAUUCCUCAAGCCUUAUUUCCAGAUUCAUGAUAACACAAUGGAAUAUUAAUUACGCUUUAUAUUGUCGUUAAUUGGCUGCUUUUUUUUUUUUUUUUUUUUUUGAGAUUACGUUUUCUGGAUUUGUGGGUUUGAUGGUGUUGCCGCAGAUGCUUGCUGGGAGCUUCUCGCCAUGCUCCCUGCAGUGUGGGUCUCGUCAUCGAUUCAGGUAUUCGAGUUCCUCUAAGUCCGGCUCUCUGGAUGCGGCACAGGGCCGGGCUGAACUCUGCAGCUAGGCCUUCAUUGAAUGUAUUAUUUGAUUGAUCUUUUAUCAUAGUAACUUUUUUUUUUUUUUUUUAAUGAUUGUUCCAAUGUGAAAGGCAGGGACGUUACAGAAGAGCUUUAUGUUUAAUUUAGUCGGUGAGGAUUGUACAGCAACGGUAACCUUUGUACAGAACUUGCAUCUGUCGAUCUGAUUAUGAUUUUACUAAUCCUAAGGGCUUUGUUAAAGACUAUUUCCUCCAUAAAAGUAGUUUCAUCGCAACUUCACAAAGCAGUAAAAUAUGGUGUUCAGUCAGUGUUUGAGAAGCUACCAGGUUCCUGGACUUUAUUCUUCCACACCACAUCAGUGGUACCACACCUUCUCCUGUACUUUGCUCCGUUGUGUGUGUGUAUAUAUAUAUAUAUAUAUAUAUAUAUAUACAUAUAUAUAUAUAUACAUAUAUAUAUAUAUAUAUAUAUACAUAUAUAUACAUACAUAAAAAUAUAUGUAAACAUAUUCUUACACACAUAAUGAAUAUAUUCUACCUAAACAUAUGUAUGGAUAGUAAAUUGUACUUCAAUAUUUACAAUAUUCUACACAGUAUAUGGAAUGGACAGACAAACGUAGUUACAGUAGCAAACAACAGUUUCAUAAUGGUUAAUAGCAAUGUUCAGUGUAAUCUAUAAUGACUUUGUGUUACAGAUACAGUUUAGAGUAAUGUGCAGCAUUUUAAAUAUUGACCUUAUGGGUUUUUUUUUUUUCCUCUGCCUGUGUAUGCUCUUACUGGAGCAUUGCAAAUAGGACUUGUUUCCUUUUUCUUUUCUUGUUUUGUGAAGCAGGGGGGUUCGGAUGAAAGAUGAUAUUUAUACAAUGAAACAAAUUAAAUGUAAGAUGUGGUUGUAAAGUCUUUUGAGGUUAGCAAUUUGUUUCAAUGCUGUAGGUUUGAUUUUACUCUUUGUACAUUUUCACAUACUCUGUGGUUGUCAAGAAAACAACAAAACCCUGAUCUUUUACCAGAUUCCAUAUGUUUCCCCAUACCUUUCUCCUCAGAUUUUCUGUCAUGUUUUGUAAUAAGUAACAGUAAUUAGUAUUUUAUUUAUUUGUGCAACUUUAAAGCAUAUCUGUAUCAUAUGAUAGGACCCUACAGUGCUGUAUUAUCAUUUAUUAAACAUCAGCUUUGUUAUUGCUUCACAGUAAACCUUUGGAGGGGGGGAAGUGCUAGUCGUGCUUGUACACUAUUUCAGGCAUUUGUUUUCCUUAAACACUUCCUUAUUCUCUUUCUUUCUGUGCUUUAUGUCGUUGCUAAGGUUUAUUUUUUCAUUUUGUUUUCCCGUUGCCCAAACAGUGUUCUCAGUUUUCACAGAAAUGAAGGAAAAACCAUUGACAAACUACAAAUUACUUAAGAACGAAUGUAUGAGGAAAAAAAUGUACAUAACUGUAAAAAGAAAAAUUUCUAAUCAUGUUUAUUUUCUAUGCACUUUUUUUAUUUAAGUGAUAGUUUAAAUAAUAAACAUGUCUUGUUUACUCAG